UCCGGAAAGGAGGACAGAAACAUGGUUGCUUCUUCUCCAUGCUGUUGCUAUCCGCUAUGCCGCUGCUGAAGGCAGAGUACUCCAGCUGUGGGGAGAACGAGUUCUACAACCAGACCACUGGCACAUGUCAGCCGUGCCCCCCGUGCCAGCCGGGCCAGGAGCCCUACAUGAACUGUGGCUACGGCACCAAAGAUGAGGACUAUGACUGUGUGCCGUGUCCGGCAGGAAAGUUCUCCAAAGGCAAGUACGAAAUCUGCCGGCGGCACAAGGACUGCAACGCCCUUUACCGCGCCACGGUGCUGAUGCCAGGCACACCUGAGAGCGACGCAGAGUGCGGUUCCUGCCUGCCUGGGUACUACAUCUUGGAGAACCGUCCACGAAAUAUCUAUGGCAUGGUCUGCCACUCAUGCCAAAAUGCACCCAAGAACACAAAGGAGUGCAUGCGAACCCAAGGGGUAUCAACAGGUCGUGCCCCCAGCAUCUCCUCCACUAGCACCACUGUGUUCCCACACCCACACAAAGAUCCAACUGGACAGGGACACUUGGCCACUGCCCUCAUUAUCGCCAUGUCUACAAUAUUCAUCAUGGCCAUUGCCAUAGUGCUGAUCACCAUGUUCUACAUUUUGAAGGCCAAACCAAGUGGCCAAGUGUGCUGUUCUGGGCAGGUGGUGAAAACAGUAGAACCACAACCCAACAACCAAGAGGACAAAAAAGAAGUUCAAGAAAAUGUAGUCAUUUUUACAGAAAAGGAUGAAUUUGAUAAACUGAAACCCGCUCCCCCGAGGACACCAAAAAGUGAGAACGACGCCUCGUCGGAAAACGAACAGCUUCUAAGCCGCAGCGUCGAUAGCGAUGAGGAGGCAGCACUGGAGCGGCAGGGGGCCGCAGACCUGUGCCUGCUCUCGCUGGUCCACCUGACCCGGGACAAGAAUGGGUCGUGCACCAACAACAGCUCCAGCAGUAGCAGCAGCAGGUCCACUGGGAUUCAGAGUCGGAGGAAAAAAAUCUUGGACCUUUACACAAAAGCAUGCAGUGUUUCAGAGGGCCUCAGUCCCACGGAGCUGCCUUUUGACUGCCUGGAGAAGACCAGCCGCAUGCUGAGCGCCACGUACAGCACGGACAAGGCGGUGGUGAAGACCUGGCGCCACUUGGCAGAGAGCUUCGGCUUGAAGCGCGAUGAGAUCGGCGGCAUGACGGAUGGCCUGCAGCUCUUUGACCGCAUCAGCACUGCAGGCUACAGCAUCCCCGAUCUGCUCACCCGACUAGUGCAGAUCGAGCGUCUGGAUGCAGUGGAGUCACUGUGCACUGACAUCCUGGGUGGAGGCGACGCAGCCCUCUUUUCUAGUCCUGCAACCUCAUCCCGUUGUGCCAGCGUGUGA